UAACCGUUUAACCGUCAACACCGACCAUAGUAAUACCACAACAACGACUACGAUUGCAACGGCGACGACUCCAACAACUACAUCGUCGACAAAACUUAUUCAACUUCAACGUACAAGUUCGCCAAAUGGAGUUACUAGUGCGUCUGCUGUUCUUCUAACACCGACGACGCCCCUUGGAAUGGGUUCAGGACUAAUGAAUAGUAGUAGCGGAAGCGGAUAUCUUGCUAAGCACCGUUUGAGCGUCACAAGUGGUGGAGGUGAGGAUAAAGAUCAUAAAGAGAAAGAAAAUGGGAAUAGUAGUAAUGGUUUGGUAAUUGGGUUGACGCGUCAGCAAUUCACACCAAGCCCCACAAGUGAAAUUCAUCCAUUGCACUUUACGUGGGUGUUUUGGUUCAUGCACCGAAGCCCUGGUAGUAAGAUAUUAAAUUAUGAAAGUUCGAUGAAAAAAAUCGCUGCCUUUUCUUCGAUAGAGGAUUUUUGGGCUGUUUAUAGCCAUCUUCGAAGACCUCACGAAUUACCUAAUAUUAGUGACUACCACCUUUUUAAACAAGGUGUUAGACCAGUAUGGGAGGUGAUGGCAGUCAUUGGUGAUCAAUUUGAUGUGGGUACGGAGAUUUGUGGAGCGGUGCUGUCUAUCCGCAGUUCGGAGGACAUCCUGUCCCUGUGGAAUCAGUCUGCACAUGAAGGAAGAAUUAACUUAAAAAUACG